CAACCUUUUCAUCUUCUUGUCCCUCGUUCUGCUUAUUUUUGCCUUUUUCGGUUCGGCGACAUAGUCUCAGUUCCUCUGGGGCAGACAUUCGUUUUGUUUACGCCAGCGAAAAAGCUUACUUCAUAUCUUUGUAAUAAAUAGACUGGCCAACCCUCCCCGAUUUUCCCUAUCUUUUUAUCUUCCCAACAAUAUCGUGAUGUAUCUCAAAUACGCUGCCGCACUGGCCUCGGUGCUCCCUCUCGCUGCGGCCCAGACAUGGACCAGCUGCAACCCUCUGGAGAAAACCUGCCCCGCCGACAAGGGCUUGAACAGCGCGAGCUUCAGCUCUGACUUCACCCAAGGUGACUCUGCAUUUAGCGGCUGGCAGAAAGUUAACGGCGAUGUCAGCUUCGGCCCCAAUGGUGCCGAGUUCACUGUCGCCAAGAAGGGUGACUCGCCCACCAUUGAGACCGAUUUCUACUUCUUCUUUGGUAAGGCUGAGGUGGUGCUGCAGGCUGCGCCCGGAACUGGUAUCGUCAGCAGCAUCGUUUUGGAGUCAGAUGUUCUAGAUGAAGUUGACUGGAUCCAGACCAACUACUUCGGCAAGGGUGAUACUACCACCUACGAUCGUGGCUCCUAUGAGAGCGUGGCCAGUCCUCAGACGACCUUCCACACCUACACCGUUGACUGGUCCACGUCUGCGAUUACCUGGUCCAUCGAUGGUGCUGUCGUGCGUACUCUGACCUACGAUGAAGCCAAGAGCGGAACUCGUUUCCCCCAGACCCCUAUGCGCCUGAGGCUCGGUAUCUGGGCUGGUGGUGAUUCCGACAAUGCUCCUGGCACUAUUGAAUGGGCUGGUGGUAAGACCGACUACAGCGCCGGCCCCUUCACCAUGUAUGUCAAGUCUGUCCACAUUGAGAACCCAGACUUCGACCACUACCACUUUGGCCACUACCACCACCACCACCACCACCACUACCACUUCGACCACUAUUUCUACAUCCACCAAGACUACCGACUCUACUUCCACUGAGACCGGGGCCUCCAUAAUGACCACUACGAAGACCGCCAGUACCGGCUCUAGCUCUGCCUCUAGCUCUGGCCCUGGCAGGGCAACCACUUCCGCCUCUCCUUCUGAGUCCUCUGGUGUCAUAUCUGGUUCCGACUCUACCUCUACUUUUGCCCUGGUCUCCUCCUCCUCCUCCUCCUCCUCCCCCACUCCCACCGCAUUUACUGGCGCUGCUUCUCCUCUGUCCAGCUCUUCGAUGGGAAUUGCCGCGCUCGUAGGUCUGAUCGCCGCC